CUAAUGCAUUCAUAAUUUUUAUAGCCUUGUAUAAAAGCACCUAGUAUCACACUUGUUUUAUUGUACACAGUGGUGUAGCACUAAGAGAACAUGUGUAAGAGAGCCCCUAGGGAUACAGCUACCGAUAAGCUCAGCCCAGCUGCUGUGUGCACAAUGAUUGGUACUGAGAGAGUUCCCAGCCACUGUGCCUACAUAACUAGUUCCUCAGGGAGUUAUAGUGAAACUCCAGGCAGUCUCAAUGAGACAGGCAAGCAGACAGGAGCUCUCCCCAAAAUGAGUUAUACAUCCACCCUGAGGAUCCAGCUGGGGAAGCCCCCCUUAAAUGGCAACAAAGAGGGGCAACCAAAACGAUCAGAGAAUGGCUGCAGAGGACUACAGCACAUGGAUUUGUUUUGUGGGUCUGUAGAGAAAACAAAAAGCAUGGUUUCACCUGGAGAGCUGCACAUGAAGCUGGAAAAGAAUUGGGAGAGCAAUGUUAUAAAGACUGCAGAGGACACUGGAAAAGGUACUGGACCUCUUCCUGGUGUCUGAAAUGAACGUGUCUUCGAGAAAGAUGCCCUGUAACCUCCAAGUGGUGAAAACCACAGAAAAAUUCCUGACAGUCACAUUUGAGCUUUGCCCUCAGAGUGGAGGUGAACUAUGUGUACGAAGAGUCAAGUCCCCAGUGCCAAUCCUUACCUCAGCCCCCAAUGCUAUCAAACGGCUGGUCAGAGACGGAUCACUCUCAACUUUGCAAGAGGCAUUGGAACCAGAAAGCUUCCCUACUACUACCACCAUCACCACUCCGGAAAUUGAGAGGAUUAAAGCCACAACAACCAAAGUUUGGGAAAACAGAGAGAGAGAAGGGAAGCGAGCGCCUUCUACUGCACUUGAAUCCCCUCACAAGAAGAGCAAUUUUCAUAAUUCUCGGUCCGUGUCCUUCAGCGCUGCCAGUCCAUCUAAAGAACCAGUAUCUCCAAAGAGGAAGCCUCACAGAUCUGGUGAUAGUCUAAAGAUCCAGGAUGAACUUUCCCAUGUAGAAGUUAAGAAAGGGGAGCAGGUAGAACUGCGCUGUUCAAUCCAGGGAACACCCCCACUCGCUGCCUCUUGGAUGCGGAACAAGAAACCGGUGGUUGAUGGCCCUCGAUUUUCUGUACGGACAUCGGAAACUGAGAGCUGCCUGCUGAUUCGACAAGUGUGUGAAGAAGACAACGGCAGCUACACACUGUGUGUGCAAGACCAGACCGGGAGUAUACAACAUCACACUAGCCUUGCAGUUGUGGAUCGCCCAUCUCCACCCUCAGGGAAGCCCGUCAUCUCAGCUUUGCAGCAAUCGUCUCUCACCCUCUCCUGGUCAGGGCCAUGUUAUGAUGGUGGUAGUGCGGUUCUGAGAUACAGUAUAGAAGUAAAGCAGGCUGGGCAGGACGAAUGGCGGCUACUGACAGACACCUGUACUAGCACCUCUUAUCUUGUAAAGGAAGGACUUGUGCCAGGAGAACGAUACCAGUUUCGAGUGAGCGCUGCCAAUGCGUAUGGUAUUAGUAAAGCCGGAGCCGAGUCUGAUGCUGUUAUCAUGUCUUCUACUGGAGAAGAUGACCCUGAGUGUGAGGAAACUGUUGAAUACACAGAAGUCUCCAUCAACAACACUGACCGGGUGGAUGACCUUUAUGUUAAGCUGGAAAAGCUAGGAAUGGGUAAAUUUGGCCAAGUCUACAAGCUACAGGAAAAGGCCAGUGGAAAAAUCCGUGCUGGAAAGUUCACUAAGGCACGGCUCCAAAAAGACAUAGCAAAUGCUCGUGCAGAAGUUGAGCUGAUGAACAAACUCCAUCACCCCCGUCUGGUGCAAUGUUUAGCUGCUUUCCAGGAACCCAGCUGCAUGAUCCUGGUGCUCGAGUAUAUCGCAGGUGGCGAGCUGUUUGAAAGGAUUGUAGCAGAUGAUUUUGAGCACACAGAGAUCACAAGUAUUGAAUACGUGUCGCAGAUUCUUAGCGGGUUGGGAUAUAUGCACAAACAGGGCAUCGUCCAUCUCGACCUCAAACCUGAGAACAUUGUCUGCGUCAGCAAAGUCAACACCCAAGUCAAAAUCAUUGACUUUGGCCUGGCCAGGAAAUUAGAACCAGGAGUGCCAGUGAAGGUGUUGCAGGGUACAGCAGAGUUUGUGGCACCUGAAGUUAUCGCAUUUGAACCAGUGGGGUUUACUACUGAUAUGUGGAGCCUUGGAGUAAUAUGCUACAUCCUGUUGAGUGGAGAUUCUCCUUUCCAAGGUGACAAUGACACAGAGACCUUGCAGAACAUUACUUCUGGGAACUGGGAAUUUGAUGAAGAAACGGACUCCUUAUUAUCUGGCUCUGCUAAAGACUUCAUCCGACGGCUGCUGCAGAAGAACAUGAAGUCUCGUCUUACAGCUGAACAAGCCUUAAAUCACCCAUGGAUCAAGGACAAAGCCAUAUCCAGCAUAAAGACUCUGUCGAAAGAAAGAAUGAAAAAGUUCUUGGCUCGGCAAAAAUGGCAGAAAACUGGUAAAGCUGUUCUGGCAUUGAAGAGGAUGGCAAUACUUAGCAACAAGUCAGAUUCUAGCUCAUCCCCAACUACAGAUGGAGACACUGAAAGUAAGGAAGUGUUCAGCUUACUGCAGGAACAGCUCCAGAGGCCUCCUGUCUUCUCCUCCAUCUUAAGGGACCAGUCAGAGGUUGCAGGAAGUUCUGCUCGGUUCCACUGUCAUAUUGAGGGUUUCCCAGACCCUGAGGUUUUAUGGUUUUUCUCUGGUUCCCCAAUCCAAGAGUCUAAGCAUUUUGAGAUUGAGUAUGAGGAUUCAGGGAGCUGCACCCUUAUUAUAUCCGAUGUUUCAUCCACUGAUGCCGGAGUUUAUACAUGUCAAGCCUCAAAUUCUCACGGACAAGCAGAAACAUCAGCCAAAUUGACUGUCCACUGCUUACGGGCAGACCGUACAACACGGGACGGGAAAACUGUCUAAGACUACUAAAACUUUCUAGCCCCUGUCACAGGGAGACCUAGAAUUUUGGAUAUAUAGGUCUUGCCACUAGUCAGACUUGAGUCUGACACUAACAUGUAAUUGGGAAAACUUUAUGCACAUUCCUAUGCAGUAGGUAGGAUUGUAUAUAAUGCAUGCAUCUGUACACAGUGGAUGUCUCUGGGCAUUAUGACUCCUGCACAUUACAUGUAAAAAGCACUCUUUCCACAAUACCGUAUGCUGAAUAUAUGUUGUUCUAUAUGUACAUGUCUACUGUAAUCCUUCAGAAUGGAACUGAUGACCUAGAACUUCUCUUCCUUGCAGACUUUUCUACCUAUGUAACUGUUUCACAAGGUUCUAAAACUGGCUAUACAUAUUAGAUUUAUUUCAGCUGAACCUGCUGGUUUUUGUGGGGCAGCCAACCAUCUGAAAUGUACAAUGGUUUUCUUGCUUUCCCCAACAAAUGUCUAGAGAUAGAAAACAUGCCAAUAGACAAUUCAGCUGAGCCCACAGUCUUUAUCAGUCAGUUAACUGUAUAAAGUGUAUAGCAGCCUCUUGACUGGCUCUUACCCCUCCCUUAUCCAUAGAGGAAACAUGAAUGUUUGUUUGAGUGAUCCAAAAAUUAAUGUGUAUGGGGAGGUCAAGUGAGAGAAUUUUUGACCGAGAGCAAUUUAAAAGUGUAUGGGCAGCUACAGAUUGGGCACGUUGGAUUUGUACAUGCCCAAUCCUUGUUGCUUUCAAGGAAAUAAGCCGCCAACAGAGGAGCCUAUUAGUUCAAAUGAUAAGACCCGCAAUUGGGCCAGAACAACCUGCUGCAGUAUGGGUUCAAAAAUACACCUAUUUUACACUUGUGAAACUAGCUCUUUUUCCCAAAAUCUGCUCCACACUUGUACAUGUGUUGUGUGGAAUAUAGCAGAUCAGCUGGGGAUAAGAUGCACUGCACUAAGUCACACUAGGUUAAGGGAAAAAAAACAGAGCGGGCUUAUUUUUUUUUUUUUUGUAAUCUGAGACAACCAUUUGAAAUGCAUUUUGUUGUGAUGGAGGGAUGUUGUAACUGCUGCCAUACUGUUUUGACCUUCUUUGCUGCCAACAUGGUGCCAUUCUAGUAUUUGCAGGCAUGCUAGAGAUGCACUACCUAAGAUUAAGACAGGUUGGAUGCUAGUAAGUCUCCCAGACAAUCUAGACUACUAAGAGCUUCAGCUCCAUACAGAAUUGAGUAGGAAAAGGACUUUGUAUCACUCAGCUAUAUUUUGCAGCUUUUUUGAAAUAACAAAAUGUGCCAAAUGUUGUGUGACCAUUAUGACAAUUUGUAUGUUUUAUAACAGAACUGAAUGUUUGUUAGAAAAAAGUCUUUUGUUUUGUCAGUUAAGACAGUGUUCCCCAAACUAUGGGUCUCAAACUAUUGGCAUAUUAGCAUGAUUGGCGUUGUAGUUUUGCAACAGCUAGAAAGUCACAGGUUGGGAAACAAUGUGUUAAGCUAUUUUUGAUAUGGAUGUCUGUAACUUUUAAAGUUUGUUAAACAUAAUAAAAGUAAAGGUAAUGUGACCAAAAUGAUGUUAAUUUAAGAAUUUAAAUGGGCAUGGUCAGAUAUAAAAACUUUUUAUAUGUUGUACAUCUUGGCAAAACAAUAGUUUUUUUACAUUAUACUUUUUUUUAAAAACAUUUUCACAUUUUCUUAAAGAAAACUGCCUUUGAAAAUCCCACCACUAGGGGUCCCCAUACCUCCUGGGACACGGAGUCCGCAAGCAGCUUGAGCUUGUCAAAGGGUCAUGGACACGAGAUGGCUGACUGACAAGGCUGCAGAAAGAACACAGAAACAGUGCUGUAACAGUUUUACCAAUGAUGGGCCUCCAGCUGUUGCAAAUUUACAACUCCAAGCAUGCCUGGACAGUCAAAGGAUGUCUGGGCAUGCUGGGAGUUGUAGUUUUGCAAAAGCUGUAGACACACAGCUGAAGGCACCACAGCUGUAAAAUAGUUAUCCAAACACUGUACCUCCAGAUAUUCCAAAAUUACAAGUCCCAGCAUUACAGGACUGCCUAAUGAUGACACUAGAGAUGAGCGAAUCGAAGUUGACGAACCCAAAUUCGUUACGCAUUUCAUGAAAAAUUUGAUUUGCAACGAAUACGAAUAUCGCCGCGAUUCUAUCACGCGAAUCGCUUCAUUAAACUCCAUUUUACAGCG